AUGGUGGCAAUUGUCGAAGUGAAGGCCAGAGAGAUUCUGGACUCUCGCGGCAACCCUACAGUCGAGGUAGACGUGAAGACAGAGCAGGGCUGCUUCCGCGCAGCAGUGCCUUCCGGCGCCUCCACCGGCAUUUACGAGGCCUUGGAGCUCAGAGACGGGGACAAGAGCCGCUUCAACGGCAAAGGUGUACUGAAGGCGGUAGAGAAUGUGAAUAAAGUGCUAGGCCCUGCAUUAGUAGGAAAAGAUUGUCGGCAGCAGAAAGAGAUAGACGAUCUGAUGGUGAAGCAGUUAGACGGCAAUAAGCUUGCUAUGCAAGAGUUUAUGAUAGCACCAACAGGCGCAACAAGUAUAAGAGAAGCUAUUAGAUUAGGUGCUGAGGUGUAUCAAGCUUUACAGAAAUGUGUUAAGAGUAGAUACGGUCUUGACGCUACUAAUGUCGGUGAUGAAGGAGGCUUCGCACCUAACAUUAAGAACCCUAAAGAGGCUAUGGAUCUGCUUGUUGAAGCUAUAAAGUCUGCGGGACAUGAAGGCAAAAUUAAGAUAAUGACAGACAUCGCAGCAUCCGAGUUCUUCGACGGUAAUACUAAAAACUACGACUUAGACUUCAAGACGCCGAACAACGAUAAAAGUAUGGUGAAGACAGGACAGCAGCUCAAGGACGUGUACAAGCAGUGGGCAUCGGAGUAUCCGCUGGUAUCUAUUGAAGACCCGUUUGAUCAGGACGACUUCGCGUCUUAUGCAUCAUUAACAAAGGAGAUAGGAGACAGAGUGCAGAUAGUCGGAGACGAUUUGCUUGUAACAAACCCGACAAGAAUAGAGAAGGCAUUGAAAGAGAAAGCAUGCAAUGCAUUGCUGCUUAAGGUUAAUCAGAUCGGAAGCAUUACUGAAGCAAUUGAAGCAUGCAAGCUUGCGCAAGAAAACGGAUGGGGUGUAAUGGUCUCACAUCGGUCAGGAGAGACAGAGGACUCUUUUAUAGCAGAUUUAGUUGUUGGUCUACGUACAGGCCAGAUUAAGACAGGUGCUCCUUGCAGGUCUGAGAGACUAUGUAAAUAUAAUCAGCUAAUGCGUAUUGAAGAGCAGCUAGAAGGCCGAUGCAAAUAUGCAGGCAGCAACUUCAGAGAGUUCACCGCUUAA